AUGCCCGAUGUCCCUGUUGCACCAGACCUACAACCACCGCUUCCGAGGUUCUGGAUUGACCACGGAUGGUGCCCACACCAAGUUGAAAAACUCGAAAGUAAUUUCGACGAAGACGUCCUGUCCUAUCUCAACCAACUCGAUUGGUCCAGAGCGCAAGACCUCAGCCACGAGCGCUGCCGCAAGGAAGAGAGGGAGGAGAGCCAAGACGAAAGCACAAGUCAAAAGAACAAGGCGAGCCAAGAUAGGACCGUGCUUCCAGUCAACUGCAAGGCCUUCCAAAUCGACGACGAAUACGAGCCGAAGCACACAACACCAGACUGCAAGUGCGACUUCGUCCACGUGGACCGCGAGGAAUUAGCCGGCAUCAUCGAUGAUGGCGGCGUACCGCUCAUCUCCAUCGAGGAACAUGAUAGCGGUGGCAUUUCUCUGAAAGUCGAGGCUCGCAGCGUUCACUCGCGUUAUACGGCCAUCUCGCACGUGUGGCGCGACGGCCUGGGGAACGAAUCGCGCAAUGCCCUGCCCAAGUGUCAGCUCCAGCAAUUGAACGCAUGUCUCAAGAACAUGCCGAAGCCCAAGGAGAGUGGCUGGAGAAAAAUCACGCCAUGGACGUACGGGGAUUGGCGUCGACAGAACUACUCCAGGGACCCUUGUCCACCUCCAUUGUUCUGGCUCGAUACGCUUUGUAUCCCAGUGGGGCCGAAGGGGAGCGAGGGUGGCCGGCUGAGAGCGGAAGCUAUGAGGGACAUGGCUCUGAUCUACAGCUCACCGGUACAAGUCCUUGUCCUGGAUGCAGAGCUGCAGAUGUGCUCAACCGAGAACAAGGACGCAAUCGAACUUGUCGCUCGGAUAGUGUGCAGCAGUUGGAUGACGAGAGCCUGGACUUUGGUCGAGGGAGUCCUGGCGCGCGAAGUCGUGUUUCAGUUCAAAGAUAUGGCCGUCGAUCCCCUGGGUUCGUGGUCUCCGCUGGGAGAGGAUCCGAAGUUCAGCACGAGCAUCCGAUUUCCCAAAGGCGAGCGAUACCGUAAGAUCUACAAAGCCCUGUUUGGCUGCCUGUGGAAUGAGCUACGCCAAGGUUGGAAGCACCAUGUCACCCCAAGAACGUAUGGAUCGGCAUCUAUCAGUUUUCCUACCGCAAGAGCCUCCCCCAACGAACCUAUUUUGACAGAAUCGAAUGACCUCGAGGUAUACCGAGUCAAUCAAUUGGUAGAUGCUUGGAAUGAACUGGCUUUCAGAACGACCACGAGACCUGACGACAUUCCUGUCAUUCUUUCAAGCCUUCUGGACUUCAAGUUCGAUCCACUUCCGAAAGAAUGCCCUGUCGAGGAUUUCAUGGACGCUGUGAUAUUCAGCUUUGACACGCUACCGGGAGAAGACAUAAACUACAGCUCCAUGGAAAUCGCCACGAAGAGAGGCUUCUCAACUACUGCAUGA